AUGGGUAAGCUGUGCAGUACUGCAUGUUAUUCAAUAGGUUUUUUGGCUUUGUAUUCUGGAGUGCUUAUUUUAUCGGGUCUUUUCAUUAGUGGUAUUAUUUUGGGUUCUAUUGCAGCUCCUGGUUAUAUAAAAGAGAGUCGCAUACGUGAUCUUUAUACAAAUACCAGCUGUAUUUUAUUGAACUAUACAUUUGUCACGCAUGAAUGUCAACGUUGUGAUGAAGAAUCAUGUUACACUUAUAAGUGUUUUGAUGAACAAUUCUUCAUUUCACAUUCAAUUUUUAAUGGAACGCUUGUUACUAGUAGUUUUAUAAGCUAUGAGAAAGCUGUACAGCAUAAACAAACACAGGUAUAG